AUGGCGCCUGUCGAUCAGCUGGAGGCAAAGAGUGAAAAUACUUUGACAGCUGAUAUUAUCGAUGGCGGAGCGCUAGCGCACCCUGACGAGACAAAAGUCGAGAGGUACACAGUUACGUCCCUUGCGAGUCUUCAUAGAGAGAUACAAUCAGCAAAUCCCGAAUAUCAUACCAAAAUGAUGGACCAAGUAACUCACAUUGAGGACGAAGUUGCGCAAACAAGAAAUAUGUCUUCUGCAGAGUUAGCGGGGAGAAAAUUAUAUCUGGGUGUAGAGACCGAUCGACAGUCUUGGUCAGUAAAGUUUGAUCUUCAGUAUGAUGAGGAAAUUAAGCAGGCGACAGCUUUAGACAGCAGGAACCACAAGAUAGACAAGAUUAUAAAGCCUGAAGGAUUAAAAACUGUAAAAUUGAGCCGAAACAGCAGACAGGACAACUCUUCCGUCAGAUUUGAGUGA